AUGGAUGUAUUUGGCAUGAGGAUGGUGGAGCUACCCAACAGAGAGAAAGUCACAUUACGCCAGAAGCGCGCGGCCGCAGGCUCAGAAUCACAAGCCAAGAACAGCAACAUCUGGGUAUUGCAGAACAUCCUCCCCGAAAAGUAUCGUAGCCUCCCUGUCAUGGGUCCUGGCAUGGCGCCGGCGCUCGAAGACAACGACCCCGACCUGCCCGACCUGGAGAGCGCGUACAUUGGUCUAUACAGCACUGUCAUCUCCCUGAUAUUGCUGUCCGGCGGCACGCUGUCCGAGGGAAAGCUCGAUCGGUUCAUGAAGCGCAUGAAUGCCGCAGACACGACACCAAUCGAUACUACAGACAAAGCCCUCGCGCGCAUGGCCAAGGACGGUUACAUUGUGAAGGUCAAAGAAACACAGGGCGGGGAGGAGCUUGUGGAUUAUAUAGUGGGACCGCGUGGAAAGGUCGAGGUGGUCUUGGGCUCGCCGAGGACGGUGAAGCGGAUGUUGUGGACGGCGAGCCUGUUGCUGCGCCUGUGCAGAACAUCGAGCGGCGUUCGGGAAGACAAUGACGACGUGGACGGGACUCAGACGACGACUAGGCGUGAUGCGAACGACGGUUUCCUCUCCAACCGUCGCCGUUGCACCUUUUCACCUCGCGUCCGCACACGCUGCCUCUGCCCUUCCUCGCGCUCCAUGACCAAUUCCGACCAUGGUCUUCGCGUCGUAGACACCGGCACCAUGAGCAGCAUCGACUCCCUCCUCAACUCAGACGCCAAACAGGGCGACCAGCAGACGCGCACCGAGCACUCGAUCGCGCCUACCACUUACGACGCCGCCGACGCACUUGCAGCCCUGGCAACACUGGGCAGCGGCCAGCAGUACAUCUCGCGCGAGCUCCCAUCGCCAACCGCCUUUACACACGCACCGCGCCGCAGCAGCAGCUUUAGCUCCCACGCAGCACCCGUCGAGCCCUCGCCGCCCAUCGAGCAGCCCCAGGCGCACUCCCCAACACUCGAGCAGUACCAUCACGGGUCCAAUUCGCCCGAAGCACAGCGUCGCCAAUCUUUAGCACUGGCUCGCUCAUCGCCCGCGCCCGUUCUGGCGCCCAUUCAGAACCUUUCAACUAGCCUGCAGGACCAGAUAAGCGAACCGCCAGUCUCACAUGGCCACGACGCCUCGCAGGUGGUGUCGCCACCGUCAAAUCCCGGUGAGAGCGCGGGUCGCGAUGAAACGCAAAUUCGCGGACCGGCCUUUGUACGCGACGAGCCGACAACAUCCCAGAUCCGCGUGCCCGGGUCACCACACGAUACAAAUGAUCCGCCUGCAUUGACGCGUGAGGCCUCUGCGCCGCAAGAGGGUCUGUCUUCCGCCGUUCCCACGCAGUCAGUAGAGCAUCGGCAGUCCAUCACAUCGGAGAAUGUGGACCCCGAUACGCUGAAGGCCAUUGAGAUAGCAAAACAAAGCGACUUGGGCCUACGCGCAAAACGGAAUGCCAGCGUCGCCGAGAGCGUGACCUCGCCCACCGAGCAGUCAAAACCUGCACCGUCCAAGAAACGCCCUGCACCGUCCGGUGCAUCGGGGAUCAAGAAGAAGGGCACUGCAACAGCAAAAAAGCCGCCGUCCAAGAAAAGAAGGCUCGAUACUGAAGGAGAUGGGUACGCGCGAUCAGUCACACCCUCUUCGAAGACUGCGAAGAGCAAGAGUGGCAAGAAGGGCUCACAAACAGGCACACCGGUUGCAGGAUCAUCGCCGGCGCCCGAUCAUUCCUCCCAAGUACACCCUACCGAUGAUGAGGGCGAGUCGUCCGAUAACGAAUUGUACUGCAUAUGCAGGAAGCCAGACAACCACAGGUGGAUGAUAGCCUGCGACGGCGGCUGUGACGACUGGUUCCACGGCGGUUGUGUCGACAUGGAGCAGGCAGACGAAGAACUAGUGGACAGAUUCAUCUGUCCGUCAUGCCAAGAGAAGGGCCGGGGGCAGACAACUUGGAAACCCAUGUGCCGACGCGACGGCUGCCGCAAGCCUGCGCGUACUGCUAAAGGGAAAGAGAGUAAAUACUGCUCGGAAGAAUGCGGAACCAUUUUCAUGAGCGAGCAAGUACAACGAACGGCGGGCGCCAAGGCACCAAAAAAGAAGGGCAAGAAAAAGAGCGGUAAGAACGGGGAAGAACCUACCUCAGACGAUGACCAAGAACCGACUCCCCUCGGCGGGGUUCUGCGUGCGAAAGACCUCAAGGCUCUCAUCGACCAAGCAAAGGACAUCCAAGCCUUCAAGGGUCUCGGUGCCGGCGUUCUCUCACCUCCACGGACGGCGUCACCUACUAAAGGCUCCUUCGACGGCGUCAAUGGCGCACGGCCCGCAGACGACGGUCUCGCUCUUACAGCCGGCGAAACCGAACGCCUCAACGCCCUCCACAAGGAGAAAUCCCAACUCAAAGAUCGCCUUGAGGUCCUGAAAGACCGUGAAAAGUUCGUCAGCAUGGUCAAGGACCAGGUAGCCCGCAUCGCCGAGCGCGAAAAAAUGAAAGCAAAAGAACUCUGCGGCUACGACUCGCGUCUUUCGUGGUCAGACGCGGAGUUUCUCAUCUGGCGAAAUAGCAGGAUAGGCAAGGCGAGCUUCAAGUUCAUGACGCUUGCGCCGUCGUCGGAUCAGCUUGCUGAGAUCCCUCCUGCCAACAGCGAGGACACCGAUAUGCCGAUGUCCGACGAGCAAGCAGCCGCGUCCGAGUCUAUAUGUCUCAAGAAGCGCUGCCAGAAGCACGCGCAGUGGCAGAAGCAAAAUCUCCAAGAUGCGCGGUUCGAAGAGGUGGAGAUUGCCGAGUCUAUCCGGGAGUGCGAGAAGGACGAAAAAAGCGUGCGUGAGCGCGCGCUUCGUCGAGGCACGAAGGACAAGAUGGCGAGGGAGCUCCGAGUUGGCGAUGCAGACAACGGCGAGCGGAACGCAGAGGGGUGGGUCGAGGUGGUCAAGUCAUAA